GGGGGAGGGGAGAGCGACGGGGGUAGAUGGAGCUGUGGACGAAGGGGGGAAAAAGAGGGAGUUACCGGCCGGCCGAACUAUUCCGUGGACACCGUCGUCCCGCAGGACACGUGAAUCCACGAAAUGUGUAACAACGAGACGCGGCGUCGUAGCUGAGAGAGAGAGAGAGAGAGAGAAAGAGAGAGAGAGAGAGAAGAAAAAACCUAGAUCCACUCUCCCUUUCGUUUUUCUGCGCCCGCCACCCCUCUCGCCCGUCCACCGCCACUGCAUUUUCCUGCCGAGGAUUCAUUUUUGUGCGCGCGAGUAUAUAGUAUAUAUCGGCCGCGUCUUUCCGCCCGCACAACUUUCAGAACGAGUGACGCAAGUGAAGUGUAUGCACUGUCGAUAGAUCGUCCCUUGAACGAGGUGGCUAUUUACCACCUCUUACCUACCAUCCGCGUUUCCGGUUCUGGCUGACCGAUACCUUCCAUUCUUGUAGCGACGAGAGAGAGAGAGAGAGAGAGAGAGUUCACUAGGAAGGAGUGAAAAUUAGCAAAGAUGUACGGCCUAAUUUUGGAAAAUAUGUCUGAAUACAUACGGCAGGUGUACGGGGAAGACAGAUGGGAAGAGAUCCGACGACAAGCGUCCGUAGAACAACCCAGCUUCAGCGUUCAUCAGGUUUAUCCUGAAAAUCUUAUACCGAGAUUGGCGAAGAAAGCUAUUCAGGUACUUGGCGUAACGGAAAAAGAAUUUUUCGAUCAGAUGGGUGUACACUUCGUAGGAUUCGUUGGCCAGUACGGUUAUGAUCGUGUGCUUUCAGUACUUGGACGUCACGUAAGAGAUUUCCUCAAUGGAUUGGACAAUUUACACGAAUAUCUGAAAUUCUCCUACCCUAGGAUGAGAGCUCCUUCCUUUAUUUGCGAGAACGAGACACGACAAGGCCUGACCCUCCAUUACAGGAGCAAACGGCGAGGAUUCGUUUAUUACACGAUGGGCCAGAUAAGAGAGGUGGCUCGCCACUUUUAUCACAAGGAAUUACAGAUCGAGCUUGUGCGCGAGGAAAUCCUUUUCGACACCGUGCACGUCACCUUCAAACUCACCUUCGAUAACAGAGCCUUCACGCAAGCCUCGCUGGCGAUGACGCGCGAGGAGAAACAUUUGCCAAUAGGAGCAUCCGUUUUGUUCGAAAUAUUCCCUUUCUGUAUCGUUUUCGGAUCAGACAUGAUCGUAAGAAGUAUCGGAAAUUCGUUGAUGGUAAUAUUACCCGAUCUCGUGGGCAAAAAGAUAACUCAUUUCUUCGAUCUCGUCAGACCGCUUAUCGCAUUUAAGUUUCACUCUAUUUUAAACAGGACGAACAAUAUUUUCGAGUUGGUAACCGUGGAACCGAUUCUCACUGAACGGCCGUCAGAUCGGCAGAGAAACGAGAUAUUGUUGAGCGAUGAACUCGAUUCUGUAGAUGACAGAACAUUGAGAUUGAAAGGUCAGAUGAUAUAUAUGGAUAACUGGAAAAUGAUGAUGUACCUUGGUACCCCCGUUAUGCCAGAUCUCAACGCUUUGAUCGCGACGGGUCUUUACAUAAACGAUUUAUCCAUGCACGAUUUUAGCAGAGAUUUGAUGCUCGCCGGUACUCAACAAUCGGUGGAGCUUAAGUUGGCUUUGGAUCAGGAGCAAUUGAAAAGCAAGAAGCUGGAGGAGUCUAUGAGAAAGUUGGACGAAGAAAUGAAACGUACGGAUGAAUUGUUGUAUCAGAUGAUACCGAAACAAGUGGCGGAUCGUUUGAGAAAUGGCGAGAAUCCGAUAGACACGUGCGAAAUGUUCGACAGCGUUUCAAUUUUAUUCUCGGACGUAGUCACAUUUACAGAAAUCUGCAGCAGAAUCACACCGAUGGAGGUGGUGUCCAUGUUAAACGCGAUGUACUCCCUUUUCGACACGUUAACGGAAAGGAACCGGGUGUAUAAGGUUGAAACGAUCGGAGACGCCUAUAUGGUGGUGUCCGGUGCUCCGGUGAAGGAGAACGAUCACGCGGAUCGCGUGUGCGACAUGGCACUCGAUAUGGUCGAGGCGAUAACAGACCUGAAAGAUCGUUCCACAGGCCUUCAUCUUCAAAUACGAGUUGGUGUUCACAGCGGGGCCGUGGUCGCCGGUAUAGUAGGUUUGAAAAUGCCGAGAUACUGUUUAUUCGGCGACUCCGUAAACACGGCGUCUCGCAUGGAGGCGACCAGCCAAGCGAUGCAAAUACACAUAUCGCAGUCGACGAAAGAACUAUUGUCGCCGUCGUAUAGGGUUAAGGAACGAGGGGAGAUAGAGGUGAAAGGCAAAGGGAUAAUGAAAACUUAUUGGCUGGAGAAAAGGGAGCACAGAUCAUCGUCGACCAAGGGAAUCACUAUUCAAGAACCGCCUCAGUGGCACACGAGAAGCACCGAGAAAAGAGUAUCGGCGGGAACGCCCGCUGCUUUCAACAUUUCGACGACCAUAUACGAAAAUCAAAAUUGUCUGGACGCAUCGUCCUCCAGGAGAGGUUCCAAGAUUGGCUCCCCCACACCUGCGGAAUCAACUUUUAUCCCGGAGGAGAGAAGAAUUUAUUCCCCUAUCACGUUCCAAGACGUGGCUCGCAGAUCGGUGGCAAAUUCACCGACCAAGAAUGCCGAUUCGAGAGAAUACAGAUCGAAUUCGAUGGGCGCGGUGAUGACCAGGAACUCGGAGAUGUUCAGUUCCCUUCUGAGCGACACGGAACAACACUUUAGACAGCACAGAGACAGUUUAUCGCCCCGGGUUGAGAAUCGAUCGGCGAUCGUGCACUCGGAGGCGAGCGCGAACGCGAACUCGAGCACCUCGUCGGAGGAGUCGCGCGAGGAGAAAGCGACCACGUCCCUGGAAGCGGAGAAGCGAGAGAAGAGCGAGCAUUGCGAGAAGGGCGGCAAAGAGUAUUACGCGGCUUCGUUCCACACCGAUAUCGGCAACUCGCAGUCGCUCGCGCAUCAGGACCAGUGCUGCCCUGGCUUCACCAUGACGAAGAGCGGGAAAACGCGUCACCAAAACACCGGAUGUUGUAUCGCUUAAUCGAGUUGAUUUCGUUCUUCCCCCUCUCUCCACUCCCAUCCCCACCAUCGACGCGAUAGAACCGUCUUCGCGAGCGUAGAUCUUCUGUUAUUGAAAAUCGACUGUAUGCGUGUGAAUAUGUGUGUGUGUGUGUGUGUGUGUGUAUUGUCGAAAUCGACGUGUCGUGCAAUUCGUAAAGGUAAACAUUCAAAAAAGUGUCUUAAAUGAAAUAUCACUAUACAUAGCGUAGUGUUGUUAAUCUUGAUACGUGUAUGUCGAGUAUUUUAAAUGGUGUAAAGAGGAAACGAAUAAGUUUCUUUGAAAGAUUUUUUUUUUUUUUUUUUUUUUUUCUUUUAAAUUUCACAUUUGUCCUCCGCUAUUUUCGUGAAAUAUGAAUCACCAUGUUAGAUAGCUUUAAAUUCGUCAUUCACGAACGAAGAUAAAAAUUUAAUUUUUAAUAAUUAUCAUAUAAUCAUAUAAUUUCCGAAGUUAUCGAAGUUAUCGAGUGCAAUAAAAAUAGAAUCGUUCGUUGUUUGUUUCUUUUCGAAAUAUAAUCGUAUCUUUUUUUAUCCAUUUGGGUCAUCGUAAUCAACUACUGUAUAUCAAUAAUGAAUACUCAAAUGGUUGUUUAGCUAUUAUCUCGACUCGUAAAAGUGACGAGAAAAUAUACCUAAUGUAAAA